UGAUGACAACACCAGGGGGUACAAUGAACUUGUCUCUCUCUUAAUUCCUUUUCCUUUCUCCGCUCCACUCUCCUCCUAGCGGCGACGACGCGGCGACAAGGCGAGCAGCCACCCUCGGCCAGGUCUUUGUCGGGCGGCCACCCUUAGCCUGGUCUUCGUCGGGCGCCGGCGACGAGGAUCAGCGAUCAUGCAGGCUCCCGCAGUCGCGCUUAGACAUCUCUGGAGAUGCAUCCCCCACUAACCUUGCACAGGCAUCCUAUGUGUGCUGAGAUUAUCGAAGCAUUCCAGAAGUGCCAUGUGGAUCACCCCGUCAAGAAGUUCUUUGGUGAAUGCACAGAUCUUAAGAUUAAGCUAGACCAGUGCUUCCGGCAGGAGAAAGCUUUGAAGAGGAAGGCAAACUUUGAGGAGAGCAAGAAAUUUAAAGAACGGUUGCAGGCCUAUAAAAGGGAAAUGGCUGAGGAAAACAAGGGACCAUAACUUGGAAUGUAGGGCGAUGAUCUGAAUUCGAAUGUUCUUUUUAUCAUAAUCCAAUGGCCUUAGCUCUGUACAUCACAUAUUUUACAGUUUUGAAAAGCUACUAGUGAUGAACUAGAGGCUCUAAUUAAUACACUGAACUUUUCUGAA